AAGAAGCAUCAGAGUCUUUUGAGGCUCUGCAGAUUUCCAUCUUCACACACUCUUCUGUUGAGUCUUUCGCAACAGUCUCACAUGUUCAGCCUUCAAAUCCAUUCGGUGGACACCAACCACCCCAUCACCACCAGAUCCGCUGGAGAAGACAGCGGAGCCGCCACCCCCACCAACCCUAACAUCCAAGAACGAAGAGGCAUCGUCCAUCUCUUCCGCAGCGUUUCCCACCAUAAUCCCACCUCCCUCUCCACAAACCGAACUAAUCUUGAAGAGGAUUCCACUCUUCUCUUCGUCGUCGCUGUCCCUAACCACCUCUCCCCCGAAGAUCUCAUAUUCUUCUGCGCUUCCUACAUCGAUCACUUCUCCGAGGUUCUCAUCAUCAGGAAUGACGGAAUGGAGGAUCGAUACAGCGCGUUGAUUAAGCUUGUUGACCAGCAGAAAGCAGAGAAGUUUUAUCGGAGCUUCAACGGGAGGCGGUUCUCGUCCACUGAGGCUGAGGUUUGCCAUGUCUUAUAUGUGACUUCCGUAGAAUAUACGGAAUCCGCGGACAUUGCUAGUACUCCGCCUCUAGGUUUUACUGAAUUACCUACAUGUCCUGUUUGCCUUGAAAGGCUGGAUCAAGAUACCAGUGGUAUCUUGACGACACCUUGCGACCACUCAUUCCGAUGUUCAUGCAUCUCAAAAUGGGCCGACUCAUCUUGCCUGGUCUGCCGAUUUUGUCAACAGCAGGCUCAGAAAGCAACAUGUUCUGUUUGUGGAACAUCAGAGGAUCUCUGGAUUUGUGUGAUCUGUGGGUUUGUGGGAUGUGGAAGGUAUAAAGAAGGUCAUGCUAUCAGGCACUGGAAAGAAACCCAACACUGCUAUUCCCUUGAUUUAGAAACGCAACGUGUUUGGGAUUAUGUCGGCGACAAUUAUGUUCACCGACUAAAUCAUUCAAAAACUGAUGGAAAGCUGGUAGAGUUGAACUCCUGUUGUAGAUUGACGGAUGGUGAUUGUGGGAACUGUGACUGCUCUGAGGAUUCUGGAAUUAGCAGUGCGCUCGUUAGCAGUAAAGUUGAAGUGAUUGUUGAUGAGUACAAUCGCUUACUCACAAGCCAGCUUGAGACUCAAAGAGAAUAUUAUGAAACUCUACUUGUAGAGGCCAGAGGCAAAAAAGAGAAGUCCAUUUCUGAAGCAGUGGAGAAGGCUUUGAGUUCAAAGUUGCAGGAUAUCCAACUGAAAUAUGAUAAAUAUGUUGAGGAAAAAAGAGUUGCUGCUGAUAAGAACGAAAAUCUUAUGAAGAACCAGAAACUCUUGCAGAAAAAGGUUAAGGAGGCUGAAGAGAGGGAAAUCUCGUCAUUAAAGCUGAAGGAUGAGAAUUUAGUGGAUCUGGAAGAACAGAUUAGAGAUCUUAGGGUCUACAUUGAGGCACAGAGAGCUCUUGAUAACAUGACUGGUUCAGAUGACAUUAAAGGGGGAACAAUCCUUCCUGUGCCAUUGCAACAAUCCACAUCAGGAAGCACCAAAAGGUCCUCUAAGGUGAACAGAAGGCGCAAUUAACAGUUCUCAAUUAUUUGAUAACUUAACAUUGUAUAAAUGAUGAACUUCGUGCGCCAACUGUAAUUGGUGAUCAAAUUUCAAUUGAGAAAAUUAUUAAGAA